UUUUUUUUCCUCUAAUAAAUCAAUCGGGCUUUUCGAACAUUUGCUCCCCUCGCACUCGCAAAGAAGCCCGAAAAGGAACAGAAGAAUCCUUUGUAAUGGGGUCUAAACGGAAGAGGACUACAUCCCCGUCCAGCAGUGUGAGCGGCGGAGACUUUGAAGACAGCCAGCCGGCAUCGCUACCCUCAACCAGUCGCAAGAGAAGAAGAACCGCCAACAUUCCUACAGUUGAUCCAAUUGCUGUGUGCCAUGAGCUUUACAACACAAUCAGAGACUAUAAGGAUGAUCAGGGGAGGAUGCUGUGUGAGCUCUUCAUUCGGGCUCCGAAGAGGAGGAACCAGCCCGACUACUACGAUGUGGUGUCGCAGCCUAUCGACAUGAUGAAAAUCCAGCAGAAGCUGAAGAUGGAGGAGUACGAUGACGUGGAGCAGCUGACGGUCGACUUCCAGCUCCUCUUCAACAACACUAAGGCUUACUACAAACCCGAAACUCCGGAAUACCGGGCUGCGUGUAAGUUAUGGGACCUCUACAUCCGCACCAAAAAUGAGUUUGUGCAGCGAGGCGACUAUGAGGAAGAUGAUGAUGACGUGGACGACUCCCAGGACAAUCCCGGAGGUUCAACGGAGGACGAGCCUGUGUCCAGUCUUCGGGAGGUCUUGGAACAGCUGCUGGACACUGUGUUAACAUUCACCGAACAUGGCAGACUCAUCAGUGAACUCUUCCAGAGGCUUCCUUCUAAAAUUCAAUACCCAGAUUAUUAUGCUAUCAUCAAAGAUCCAAUCGAUCUUAAGACCAUUGCUCAACGGAUACAGAUUGGCUACUACAAAAGUGUGAAUCACAUGGCCAAGGACAUUGACCUCUUAGUCAGAAAUGCCAAAACGUACAAUGAACCUGGAUCACAGGUGUUCAAGGAUGCCAACAACAUCAAAAAGAUCUUUGCCCAGAGGAAGAUGGAACUGGAGCACACUGAGCCUGUUAAAAGCAGUAUCCGAAUCCGGAACAGGAGGUCCGCUCAUGGAGAGCGUCUGUCCUCCAUCACCACGGCACUGCAGUACGGCUCGGAGAGCGAUGAAGACAGCGUUCUAGCAGGCUCGGUGCACUACGACGAGGGCGAGUCAGAGGCCGAGAGCAUCCACUCCAACAUGGACAUGUCCAAUCCCAUCUUCCAGAUGUACGAGGUCGUGCGAGGGGGCAGGAACAGCCAAGGACAGCUCAUAGCUGAGCCUUUCUUCCAGCUUCCCUCCAGGAAGGACUACCCUGGCUACUACCAGCAGAUCAGCCAGCCCAUCUCCUUGCAACAGAUCCGAGAUAAGAUGAAGAACAACGAAUAUGAGAGUGUGGAGCAGAUGGACAGCGAACUGAACCUGAUGUUUGAGAACGCCAAGCGGUACAACACGCCCAACUCGCGUGUUUACAAGCGGGCCCUCAAGCUACAGCAUCUCCUGCAGCUGAAGAGGAAGGACCUAUUGCGGAGAGAGGAGGAGGAUGGUGAUAGUAUGCUCUCAUCCACGCUGUCAGACGGUGGUUGCACCAAACGUAAAAGUCAUAAGAAGAAUACCAAGAAGAACCGCAUGAAGGUUCUGUUCCAGGCAGUGACUGAGGCUCGCGUGCUGGGCACUGGCCGCCGACUCUGUGACCUUUUCAUGGUUAAACCCUCCAAGAAGGACUAUCCCGACUACUACAAGAUCAUCCUGGAGCCCAUGGACCUGCGCACUGUCGACCACAACAUCCGCGCGGACAAGUACGCCAAUGAGGACAUCAUGGUGGAGGACUUGAAGCUGAUGUUUCGCAACGCCAGGCAUUACAAUGAAGAGGGCUCCCAGGUGUACAACGACGCCAACACCCUGGAGAAGAUCAUGAGAGAGAAACGGAGGGAGCUCGGGCCCCCGCCCGACGACGACAUCGUCUCUCCAAAAAUCAAAAUAAGGAAGAGUGGCAUUUCACCGAAGAAGUCCAAGUACUUGACCCCUCUGCAGCAGAAGUUGAGCGAGCUGUACGAGGCGGUGAAGAACUACACGGACAAGCGUGGCAGACGCCUCAGCACCAUCUUCCUGCGGCUGCCCUCGCGGGCGGAGCUCCCGGACUACUACGUGGCCAUCAAGAGGCCAAUAGACAUGGAGCGGGUGAAGAGUCACAUGCUGGCCAAUAAGUACCAGGAUGUGGAUGCGCUGGUGGAAGACCUGGUGCUGAUGUUCAACAACGCGUGUACCUACAACGAGCCCGAGUCACUCAUCUACAAGGACGCGCUUGUGCUGCACAAGGUCCUCCUGGGGACCAGGCGGGACUUGGAGGGCAGUGACGACGCCCACGUCCCCGACGUGCCCCGCCUCUUGCAGGACAUGAUCCGCAGCCUCUUCGUGUCCGUGCUGGGUCACCAGGACGACGAAGGCCGCUGCUACAGCGACUCGCUGGCGGAGAUCGCGGCCGAAGACCCCAGCCAUCCCGACAGGCCUAAGCUGAACUUCGAGAUCAUACGCGCCAACGUGGACAAGGGGCGUUACAAGCGCCUGGACGUCUUCCAGGACCACAUGUUUGAGGUGCUAGAGAAGGCCAGGCGCAUGUACAGGACUGACUCGGAGAUCUACGAGGACGCGGUGGAGCUGCAGCAGUUCUUCAUACGGAUCAGAGAUGAGCUGUGCAAGAAUGGCGAGAUUCUCCUGAGCCCGGCCCUCAGCUACACCUCCAAACACCUGCACAGCGACGUGGACAAGGAGAAGAAGGAGAAACUCCCCAAGGAGCUGGAGGAGGACAAGCUGAAGAGGGAGGAGGAGAAAAAAGAAGCAGAGAGGAGUGAGGACUCGUCUGGUGGGAUGGGCCAGGGAUGUCUCCAGCGUACGUACAGUCAGGACUGCAGUUUCCGUGACCGGAUGUACCACGUAGGAGACUACGUCUAUGUAGAGCCCGCCGAAGCCAAUCUGCAGCCCCACAUUGUGUGCAUAGAGCGCCUCUGGCAGGACGACGCAGGGGAGAAGUGGCUUUACGGCUGCUGGUUCUACAGACCAAACGAGACCUUUCAUCUGGCCACACGCAAAUUCCUGGAGAAAGAGGUUUUCAAAAGUGACUACUACAACAAAGUCCCCGUCAGCAAAAUUCUGGGCAAAUGCGUCGUCAUGUUUGUUAAGGAGUACUUCAAGCUGAGCCCAGAGGGCUUCAGAGCCGACGAUGUUUUUGUCUGCGAGUCCCGUUACUCGGCCAAGACCAAGUCCUUCAAGAAGAUCAAGAUGUGGACCAUGCCCCUGAGCUCUGUGAAAUUCUUCCCUCGCGACACACCUUUGCCCGUGGUGCGGGUGGCCUCUAUGUUUGCCCCGAAGCAGGACAGCGAGAAGACCUCAGAACCAACAGAGGACAACAAAACCACUGCCUCCAUUAUUGAUAAGGAGAAGGCAGACGUGCCGAUGGAGGUGAGCAACGGUGAGCCGGGCUGCCAGUACUACGAGCAACUCUGCUACAACGACCUUUGGCUCAAAGUAGGCGACUGUGUCUACGUGCGCUCUCACGGCCUAGUGCGCCACCGCGUGGGCAGGAUCGAGAAAAUGUGGGUGCGCGACGGUGCCGCCUAUUUUUUCGGACCGAUCUUCAUCUACCCGGAAGAGACCGAACACGAGCCCACCAAGAUGUUUUACAAAAAGGAGGUGUUCCUUAGCAACCUGGAAGAGGCCUGCCCCAUGACUUGCAUUACAGGCAAGUGCGUGGUGUCUUCGUUCAAAGACUACUUGUCGUGCCGUCCGACUGAGGUGCCGGAGGAGGACGUGCUGCUGUGUGAGAGCCGCUACAUCGAAAGCGAGAGGCAGAUGAAGAAGUUUAAAGGCUUGAAGCGUUUCCCUCUCUCUGCCAAAGUAGUGGAGGACGAAAUCUAUUAUUUUAGGAAGCUGAUGGUGCCCCAAAAAGAGCCAUCCCCCCUGCUGGAUAAGAAAAUCGAGGAGCUGGAGGCCAAGUUUGCUGACAUGACGGAUGAGGAGCUGGAAGACCUGGGUGACGACGAUGGUGAAGGCUCUGAUGCUCAGGGCAUGCCACAGCUGCAGACGCCGCUGGCCAGCGACCUGGACAUUAUCCCGUAUGCUCCUACGCAGUCCCUGCCCAAGUCCAUAAAGGGCCUGUCGAAGAAGGAGGGUUCGAAGAGGAAGAUCAAUAUGAGUGGCUACAUCCUGUUCAGCAGCGAGAUGCGGGCGGUGAUCAAGGCUCAGCACCCAGACUUCUCGUUCGGGGAGCUGAGUCGCCUCGUCGGCACCGAGUGGCGGAACCUGGAGUCGGCCAAGAAAGCCGAGUAUGAAGAGCGGGCAGCCAAAGUAGCCGAGCAGCAGGAGCGCGAGAGAGCGUCCCAUCAGCAGAACUCCCCGAGAGCAGGUACCCCAGUAGGGGCGCUCAUGGGGGUGGUGGCCUCUCCGAUCCCUAUGGGGAUGCUUAACCCCAGCAUGACCCCUAUGGCAGGCAUGAUGGGUAGUUUCCGGCCGCCCGUUGAUGGCAUUGUCAGUGUGGCUGGCAUGCCGUCACAUCAUAUGGGGGUGCCUGUGUUACCCCACCACUUCCCACCGGGCAUGUCCAGCUUCCCGGGCAUGCCGCACCUGGGUGUGAAUGGCAUGGUCGCGGGGCCUACAGGAAACCCCUAUGGAUCUCAGGUGGGUGGGAUGGGUCCUAGCCAGCAAGCACCACCACCCUACCCAGGGCAGGGGCAUGUGGGACAGCCUGCCCUUCUGCAGCCAUCCACCCCUAUAUUUGUGGCACCUCCACCCAAACCACAACGACUCCUUCACUCUGAAGCCUACCUGAGGUACAUAGAGGGACUCAAUGCUGAAUCGUCCACUGUUAGCAAAUGGGACCAGACUCUGUCAGCUCGAAGAAAAGAUGUACGCCUCACGAAAGAACAAGAAAGCAGACUUCCCACUCACUGGCUGAAAAGCAAGGGGGCCCACACCACCAUGGCCGACGCUCUGUGGCGGCUACAGGACCUCAUGCUCCGAGACACCCUAAACAUUCGACACACUCACAACAUACACAAAAUCUAACUCUGACACAUCCAGCGUCAGUACCGGAUGGAUUUUCCUUGCUCUAACACACCUGAUUUGACUGAUUUUGGUGAAGUUAAGCUAGUGUAAUCGGCUGUUUUGAAUCAAGAAAAUACUAAAUUCUGCCACCUUGGACUGGUGCACCAGUGGUCUAAACCAUUUCUGUUCAUUCUGUACUAGAGAAGUUCAUUCUGUAAUAGAGUUUUCAUAUGUGGGUUUGUAAAACAUGUACGUCUGGCCAGUUGGCUUUUUAUUGUUAAUUCGAUUCAUAGCACUUUGAACACAUUUGUGUCUUAAGUUUGUUAUUAACUGUAGCUAUUAAGAUAGACAAACAUUUUCAUAAAAUGUUGUAAAACAUCAAUUGUUGAUUCUCUUCUCCAUUACUUUUUAAAAACUUUAAAGUUGAAGUCUUUGGGCACUUUUGAAAUCAUCCUUGGUUCAGUAAAAUGGUUACCUACCUGAGGUGAGUGGGGCUGUUUAUGGUUUUGCUUGUUUGUUUUUGGUUUGUUGCCAUAUGAAGGGUGAUUUUCAUAAUUUCUUAUUUUGAUUAAUUGUAAUUCAUUUCGGUGCAAAUAACAUUUGCUGCUGAAUCAAUGUUUCAAUAAACCGUUUCCAAUUACAUUUUGAA